GAUGUCGCUUCGCUCGCCAGUUUCGACAGAGUCGUGCCGGUGAUCGUUUGUUUGAGUCGAUCGCUUGUCGAUCGAUACUAUAUUAAUGAUAUAUUGCGUGAAUCGGCGUCGAAAUUAUAAUAAAUCUUCGAUCGAAUACGUUCUCGAGAGUUUGUAAUAUUUUGUGUGAAGUUGAUAAAAGUUUUUCGUUCAGUGGGCUUCGCGCCACUGCGUGAUUCUUGAUCUUCUUUCUUCCUAUUAUGCAUUUGAGAAACAUCUAGCCAAAGAUUGCCGUUAUUUCUAAUAUUUUAGGAAUGAAUAACGAUAAGGCUAUCGCGAUGCGUCUGUUCAAGCGUCAGUCGUCUGAUACAAGCCCUCAAUUAGUUUCGGCCACACCGUUAUCUCAUGAUGGAACAUCGCCUCUGACAGUGGUAGAAGAAAAUCUCGAACGUAGCAAUAAGAAGCCUCAUAAUGAAAACGAUGGAUUAAAUCGGACAUUGGUGAAAGAAAAUGCGAAUGAAACACUGAAACCGUCCUCAUCUACUAUUUCAAAUCGCAAAGGAAUUUCGACAUGGGGCAGGAAAGUAGGUCGAAGAUGGGAUCAGCUGAAAAGAUCAGACAGCUCUGAAUUGCUUUCGGUUUCGGGCCGAAGGAGAAGGUGGAGUCCGAAUCGGAAAGCUGGCACAACAGACGAAAAAGAAAACGGUACCGGCGGUUUCUCGGAAUUACCAAAGCCAAAGAGAAUUUCCAGGGUGGAAUCGUUACGAAAUUUGUUCAGGAGCAGCGAGCGAAGCAGCGAUAUAUCAGCAAGAAACGUGACGAUACAAGAGGAGGACGUCACCUGUAUCAGUCAUUAUCCAAUGGAGAAAGCUCUGAGCGAAGGCGCCAUAAAGAAUGUAUCUUUUUGUGGUGGCAGCUCGGAUGACAAUCGAGCGGACCGUGGAACGAUUCUUCUGGAGAAGAAGAAACAGCUGAGUCGUAGCAUCCAGGACCUUCAGGAGCAGCAACGUGUUUUAGAUUAUAUCUUGAAGAAUCAGGAUAUGCUUAAAACGCAGGAAGGAACAGCUUUCGCGAAGGAAACGUUAGACAAAAUCAGAAGUACGAGUCCUAAGCGAAGAAAUACGAGUCCUAAACGAAGUAAUCAAUCUACAUCUGAGACUGGCAAAAGCAGCGUUUCUACUCAGACUAAAGACUUUUUCAGUAAUCAACUUAAUAAUAUUAAGAAAAAUUUGUUCAAUGUUCGUGCGAGUAGCAGUGAAUGCGACAGACCUGAUAAUCAGAGAUCUUUCCCAACAUUUGGCCUGGAUGAUCUAAUGAGCAACCUACGGUUAGCUUGCGAUGAAAGUGGCUACGACUCUGACAGCACACGAGCUGGAGCUGAUUCUCCAGAUAGCGAGAAGUGUCCACCGAUGUUAAAACCCCGUAGCUUUUCCAUAACAUCGGACGAUUAUCACGGCAUCGACUUAUCACUACCAGUCACUACCCCCCUAAAGAAAGAUGUGACAACAGAAACGGAGAAGAACGAGUCAGGUCCGUCUUGUCUCGAAGUCACUGUCGUAAAUAAUACUAUGCUAAACGGGACGAUAAUAACAAACACAACCACGGUACCAUCGGAUGAAGAAGACACAGACAGCUGCGACGAGGAUACGUUCGAGGGAUUCGCAGAGUAUCAAAUGAAUUGUGCCGUUGAGAAAACAAAAUCCACCGUGAACACUUUGGAAAAAUAUGAUAGCGGAAUAUCAAGAGGAUUCUCAGCGUCGUCGACUGGAAAUUUAGAUCAAAGAACAUCUUCUGGAAGCAAAGAGCUCAUCAGGAUAUCGGAUAAAAGAUUAGCAAAAUCGGAGCAUACGACAUCACUAUUACAAGCGGUGAAAUUGCAAAAUUUACAAAAGGAGACCAAGUCUCAGAUACCAGUCAAAUGUAAAAGGUACAGCAAUUCUAGCACCUUGUGUUUACUAGAGAAUGCUUCAUCUCCCUGCAAAGAUAGUCCACCGGCGACAAAAAUAUAUUCGACGAUCGUAAACAGCCCGUUGGAGUACUACAGUCCAAAGAGAUCGCGUUCGAAUUUGGAACCUGAAGGUCCCGAGAUUGUAAAUGCGAGGAAUAAAAUGAAGAAAUCAGAGCCAGAGAUUAAAAUCGAUCAUCUAAUGCCGAUUUCAACUCCAGCUAAGACAUUGGUACGUCGCGAGUUGAAGACCAUGAAGUUGUCCGUGGAGAAGCCUGGCAGCCUUGGCAUUUUCCUGGAAAGAAAAGAGGCUGUUAGACCUUUCUACGUGAUUUCGAAGAUGGACGUAAAUGGAGAGGCGGCGAAGUCGAAGCAAUUCAGGAUCGGUGACGAGAUCGUUCGUGUUUGCGGACGUAGACUGCGUGGGAUGUCGCUCAUCGAGGCUAGGAAUGCUUUGAAAAAUUGUUCAGGGACGGUAGAGCUUCAGAUAGCUAGGGAGCCAACGUUCACUUUUGGCGAAGAGAUAGGCGACACGUGGGGCGAUAUUCUGAUCCGCACUCGUAGCGACUCCGAGGUGUGGGCGUUGAAACAAGAGAAACCGGAAGUCCCCAUGAAUAAUGUCGUUCGAGAAGAAGAUUCUUCCCAGUGUAAGGUAGUCGGUGCAUUGAUAAAGGAUAGCAAGAAUUUAUCCACGAAUUCAAUGGAGAAGAUGGAAUGCGAGAAUGAUCGUAUCUUGAAGAAGGAAUCUGGUCAAAAGAUGACUGGUAUGAGGAAGUUUCAAGUGGUGAAGAAACGAUCCACCAAUACAGUUUCCUGUCCACGUAGAGCUACCAGUUUGUCGAUGGAUUUGUUGACUAUCACCUUGGAAAAGGGUGCCUCGAAAAAAUUGGGCUUUUCCAUUGUUGGUGGAUCAGAUAGCAAUAAAGGAUCCAUGGGUAUUUUCGUGAAGGAUAUAAUGGCCGGAGGACAAGCGGCUGAAGAAGGAACUUUAAAAGUGGGAGAUGAGAUUUUAGCAAUCAAUGGGAUAUCGAUGGAUGGAUUGACACACGCGAAGGCGUUGCAAACUUUCAAAGCUGCCAAGGCUGGGAAGAUGGUUCUUCAUGUGGGUCGUAGAGACCCGACGCAUAAACGAUAUAUUAUUCAAUCGAAAUCGUACGAUUGCCUGGACAAGCUAACAGAAACUGGAGACGAAUGAAAUUAUAUAGAAAUUCGAUAAAUCAAACGCGGAAAGUCAUUAAAAUUAUAUCAUCAUGUUUUGUUAAAGUAAACACGAUCGAAGUUCGUUAUAUUUUUAUUUCGUUUUUGCAUUAAAGAAUAUGAUGUAUAUAUUUCGUACAAUUUAAAGCACGUUAUUACGUUUCGAUAAUAAUUGACUAUAAUAACUACUUAUAUUUUCAAUGACUUUCUUUUCCAACAAAUGUAAUAUUUUUUCAACGAUUAACAAAAUCUUUUUUCUCUAAUUUCUAAUCAAUGAUUCGUAAUCAACGUGCAAAUCCAUUUUUUUUUUUUUGUAUAUUCGUUAUACUCGCGUGAAUCGAGAUUAGAUUUAUGUUAAUUAAAUAAUUUCUUUAAGACGAUAAUUGUGAUAUUGACUAUUUUUAUUAACUUUCGUUUCAAACUAUCGAGAUUAUAAUUUCCCAUCUAUGAGUCUUUUUUGAAAAAUUCAUGACUUGUAAACAUUGUGUUUCCAUUACGUUAAAUUCAUAUCAAUUAUUUAAAUAAUCAAAUGUUUCGUUUAUUUGCAAUAUUGUAAUGUAAAAUUAAAAAUGUGAAAACUCGUGCAUAAUUCGAUAUUAUUCGUGUCAAUGUCAUAAGUAUAAUAAGUAAUUAGCGAAAUUAUAUUCGGUUUUCAUUAAGAAGGACUGGUUUGUUUUAAUGUACUUUCAUUUAUUGUAUCGUAGAUCGGGAUAAUUAAAAUAAUAAUUAAAAAAAAUAAUUAUAAAAGAUAAUUGUAUAUAGUCAUAUCCUGUUAGAUAUAACACGCUAACAUGUUGGAUUAUGGCUGUUCUAUUAAAUGUAGCCCGGAAUUAACUUAUGUUUUGGUUUGGAAACAUAUGCUUGUUUAAUACGAGCUACAUACCAGUUCAAAUGGAGAUUUAUUAACUGGGAUGAGUACUCAUCAUUUACUCAAAUAUAUUGUAAGCGUAGUAUUUAGUUAGUUAAUAAUUUUAAGCUACUGAGACUGACAUAUAGAAUGUCUACCUGAAAAAUGCUGUGAUAUUCAUUAUAGUCGCAUUAGCUGAUAUCGUACAAACUGUAUUUAAAAAAUAAAUUUGGUUUUGUUAAUAAAUGUAUAUACGUGGUUAA